AUAAUGUGUGUAAAAUUAAGUGCUGUACUGUUUCAGACAGUGUUAUUGUUAAUUAUAAAUGUAAGCAACAUUUCAGAAGCUCAACAUCAUCGAUAUCCCAGAUAUUUUGCACAAAGGAACCACCGUGCUCUGCAGGUUCCGUCCCAGUUCAAGGACACAGUGUCCCUAAAAGUGUAUUACGAGAGCCAUUGCCCCGGCAGCGUGAAGUUCUUCAAGGAGCAACUGGCUCCGUCGCUGGAGCGGCUGGGGCGCCAUCUGGAGGUCCUUAUGAUACCGUAUGGACAUGCAAAGACUUAUUACGAAAACGGGCGCUACACGUUCGAAUGCCAGCACGGCGAUGUGGAGUGCUACGGGAACAUGCUGCACGCCUGUGCCAUAGACGUCGCACGGAACAACACCAAAGCCGCGCUGUUCAACGCCUGCAUCAUGGAGCGGACGAACGAUUACAACACGCUCAACUACCUCGUCAACUCGUGUGGCCACCAAUACAAUAUUUCUGCAUACGCUAUAUGGGAAACUAUGAACACUGGCAGAGGCGCAAUGCUCCUAAAGGGCUACGGGGACGAGACGCAUGCCCUACGACCUCGCUACGUGCCCUACGUGGUGCUCGACGGCGCCGUCGCGGACUCCGUCACGACCAACCAUCUCGGAUACUUCGCUUGUCGACUGCUCAACCCAAGACUGAGUGCUUGUGAUACUGGGUUAUAGU